GUAAAGGCUCAUCUCUCUCUCUCUCUCUCUCUCUCUCUUGAUUUGCUCCUUUCAGCUAGCCAUGGAUACGGCUCACUGGCCACAGGAGAUAGCAAUCAAACCUAUGGAAGAAAUAGUGGUACAAAACGGUACGAAUUCAUGUUCUUCAAAGCCAUCUUCAAAUUCUUCGUCUUUGGAAAGAAGGGGAACAAGGCCACAAAAAGAAGCAGCUAUAAACUGUCCAAGAUGCAAUUCUACAAACACCAAGUUUUGUUACUACAACAAUUACAGCCUUUCCCAGCCUAGAUACUUUUGCAAGACUUGUAGAAGAUACUGGACUGAAGGUGGGUCCCUUAGAAACGUCCCUGUUGGUGGCGGCUCGCGGAAGAACAAGCGAUCAUCGUCUUCUAUUUCGUCAUCUCAUUCUUCGAUGUCAAAGAAGCUUCCUGAUCUGGUUGUACCUCCAGCUGCACCAAACCCUAGGAUGCAUCAUGAACACGGGCAAGACCUCAAUCUGGGUUUCCCAUCAACCAGUCAUGAUUUCAAGACAAUUUCUGAGCUUAUCCAGGUUCCCAAUUUUGAUGGGACCAAGAAUACCACUUCUGGUUCAGCCACCACCACCACUUCAGCUCAACUUUCAGCCUUAGAACUCUUGACAGGAAUGACAACAAGGGGUAUGAUGAAUUCCUUCAUGCCAAUUCCAAUUCCUGAUCCCAAUUCAGUCUACUCAUCGUCAGGACAGCUGAUGAUUCCCAUGCCAGAAUUCAAGAUUCCGUCGCUUAAUUUUUCCUUGGAUGGAAUGGGAGGUAAUGGAGGUGGGGGUGGUACGUAUGGAAGUAGCAUCCAUGAUCAGAGUUCCAGUGGGAGGCUUUUGUUCCCAUUUGAAGAUCUGAAAACAAGCACAUCAGCUACAACCACUCAUGAUGGACAUCAUGUUGAACAAAAUAGAGAUCAGAAUGGUGAUACCAAUGGCUUUUGGAGUGGAAUGUUAGGAGGAAGUUCAUGGUAAAGUACAAUUAUAUAUAUUUAUAUCUAUAUACAGUAUUAAAAAAACAUCAAUCUGGGGGUUAAAUUUUUCUUUCUUUCUUUCUAUCGACCGCGCGGCCGUUUCAAAUGAUUAUUUUUCUAAUCUCAAAAUGGUGGGUGGUGAUGACUUGUUUGGAUUUCUUGAGAAACUAACUUGAUAGGAUCAUCAUACAACUAUUUCUUGGGUGAUCUCUUCUAUCCAUUCCUCUCUCUCCUCUAGCUUUCUGUGUAAACAUAUAUAUAUUCAUGUUUAGUGAUACCUAUCUUGAUUAAUCAUCUCCUAAUCUUCAACCAAGAGAAGAGAUUCUUGUUAUGAUCAUCAGAAGAUAUGAAUUGAAGAGAAGAUGAUCGAUCAAGAAGAACAAUCAAAGCCCAGAAUAUUUCUAGCUAGUGACAGAAUUGAAGGAAACUACGAAGAGAAACCGACUGUUGUGUAUCAUUGGUUAUUGGGUUUGGGGUACAAACAAUUAAUAAUGUAUGAUGUGCAAUUUGUAUGAAUUUGGUUGAAUUUCUUGAUGCAAGUUUAAUGCGUGUUUCUGCUUC